AUUUUUUUUUCCAGAAGCCCCAAAGAAAGCGUAAAUUUAACCAGACUGCACAUUGUUUGUCGAAGAUAAGCGAGCAGUGCAAAAAGUUAACAAAAAUGGCAAGCUCAGAGGGCACUGAAAAGAAUGGUUCUUCUUCAAGGAAGCCCAGGUCUGAUGAUGCCACUCAUAAGCCCAAGUCCAUUACUCUCGACCAGUUCUGCUCCAUAACCAUGCCUCUUAUAGACUUAGAAAAGGAAGCGGAAAUAUCAGCAUCAAUGGAUUCAAUUGCAACACGGAAGCUAGAUGUUUCUCAGAAACGUGGUUCUGCAAUCCUUAGUCUAAAAUGUACAGAUGUGCAGACAGGGCUAAUGGGUAAGAUGCUUUUGGAAUUGCAAUCAAAUAAAGGCGAUCUUCUCCCCUCACAUAAAUUUUCUACUCAUGAUGUGGUUAUUUUAAAGCCAAAUAAGGCAGAGGUUGGAAGUGCUCCCUUGGGGCAAGGAGUAGUAUACAGAAUAAAGGACACUUCACUUACUGUAGCAUUUGAUGAUAUACCAGAAGAUGGCUUGAAUGCUCCACUUCGUCUAGAAAAGGUUGCCAAUGAGGUGACAUACAGAAGACUAAAGGAUACCAUUAUUACGUUGAGCAAGGGUGUGCAGAAGGGGCCAGCAGCAGACCUGGUUCCUGUAUUAUUUGGGGAGAAGCCCCCCACAUUUUCCAAGAAGACUAUUUCCUUUAGUCCCUUCAACACUGGACUCGAUCAUUCACAAAAUCAGCCAGGCUGCAUAGGAGAGCAUGUUCUGCUUUGGCAUUAUUCUCACUUUUCCUCUUUCCUGCUGCAUCGGUCGGAGGAGUUGAUGGAGAAGGCAGCUGUUUCAAAGGCUUUAGGUUCAGGUAAUAUAUUUCUGCUACAUGGGCCACCAGGAACUGGGAAGACUACUGCUGUUGUGGAAAUCAUCUUACAAGAAGUGAAACGCGGAUCUAAGGUUCUUGCUUGUGCAGCCUCAAACAUUGCUGUUGACAAUAUUGUAGAGAGACUUGCAAAUUAUAGAGUAAAAUUGGUGAGACUGGGGCACCCUGCACGACUUCUUCCUCAAGUACUAGACAGUGCUCUUGAUUCUCAGGUUUUGAAGGCUGACAACAAUGCACUUGCAAAUGAUGUGAGAAAAGAAAUGAAGCUUAUGAACAGCAAGCUUCUGAAAGCUAAAGAUAGAAAUAGCAAAAGAGACAUUAGGAAAGAGCUUCGGAGACUUGGGAAGGAGGAGAGGCAGAGACAGCAACAAGCUGUCACAGAUGUGCUUAAGAACUCAGAUGUUAUAUUAACUACUCUGACUGGUGCUCUAUCUCGACAAUUGCAGGGGAUGACAUUUGACUUGGUUAUCAUUGAUGAGGCAGCUCAAGCACUUGAGGUGGCUUGUUGGAUUGCCAUACUUAAGGGGUCAAGAUGUAUACUUGCAGGAGACCAUCUCCAGCUUCCUCCUACUGUGCAAAGUAUUGAAGCUGAGAAAAAGGGUUUGGGAAGAACACUCUUUGCACGCCUUGCAGAUUUGUAUGGCAGUGAAGUAAUGGCCAUGCUUACGGUUCAAUAUCGUAUGCAUCAGCUUAUUAUGGAUUGGUCAUCUAAAGAACUAUAUAAUAGUAAGAUUGAAGCACAUUCAAGUGUUGCUGCUCAUACUCUAAAUGAUCUUGAUGGUGUGCAGAAAACAUCUUCAACAGAGCCAACCCUCAUUUUGAUAGACAUAGCUGGGUGUGAUAUGGAGGAGAAAAAAGAUGAUGAGGACAGCACAAUGAAUGAAGGCGAGGCCACAGUGGCCUUAGGGCAUGCGAAAAAGCUUGUAGAGAGUGGGGUUAAUUCUUCUGAUAUUGGCAUCAUUACACCUUAUGCUGCACAGGUUGCCAUAUUAAAGAUAAUGAGAAACAAAGAGAAGAGCUUAAAAGAUUUAGAGAUUUCAACAGUUGAUGGCUUUCAAGGUCGAGAAAAAGAGGCAAUAAUAAUUUCAAUGGUCCGCUCUAAUGCGAAACAUGAGGUAGGAUUUCUAAAUGACCACAGGCGAAUGAAUGUGGCUGUAACACGUGCACGUAGACAAUGUUGCAUUAUUUGUGACACUGAAACUGUGAGCAGUGACAAAUUCCUCAAACGCCUUGUAGAGUAUUUUGAGGAGCAUGCUGAGUAUUUAAGUGCAUCAGAGUAUCUUUCUUAAUUAACAAUAUUAGUACACAGGCCGGUUAAUAUGAGAAAUGUCUUCUUUUAUUUUGGUGGUUUAUGGGAGAAGGGUGGAGGGGUAAGGGUUGAGAGGGAGUGGGUGGACAAUAUUUAUUUAUUAUAAAUUUAUAAGCAAACACAAAUGUGAUAUUUUUUGCUUUGUAUGGGAAUGCAAUUUAUUCCAUUGAAAUAUACAGGCAUGCCCAUGUUAAAAAGGUAUGAACAUUGGAUGUUUUGUGCUGUUGUGAGCACAUCUAUAGAAUAUUAUAAACUGCAAAAUAUUCACCCUGUAACAAAAGUUUCCAUUUUCAAGUCUGAUAUAGAAGGUAAAGCGAGUAAGGAGGAAAACUAAUUAUGAGGUAUAAAUGACCUUUGCCCAUGAGAAGUCUGCCAUUAAAUCAACAAUUAAGAUGUAAAUAAGUCAAAUGAUUUUUCUGCAAAAUAUCACCUGUCUUCAGCUUUAUCUUGUUUUUACAAAAUUUCAAAGAUCCGUGAAUAAUUUCUUUUAAGCUACUUGCUUAAUUGAAGUGUAUUUAAUGACAAUAUUUGAGUUUCUCGAGUUUACGACUAA